GUGGGACCUUCACCUUGGACCCUGACUUUGGUCCUCUUCACGAAGCCCAGCUGAGGAGUCACCCACCUCUGGGGUCUUCCCCUCCGCCUCUAGAGGCGAACCCUCACCAUGGUGAAGCUGCUGCCGGCCCAGGAGGCGGCCAAGAUCUACCACACCAACUAUGUGCGCAACGCACGCGCCGUGGGCGUGAUGUGGGGCACACUUACCAUUUGUUUCUCGGUGCUGGUCAUGGCGCUCUUCAUCCAGCCCUACUGGAUUGGCGACAGCGUCAGCACGCCGCAGGCAGGCUACUUCGGCCUCUUCUCGUACUGCGUGGGCAACGUGCUGUCCUCCGAGCUCAUCUGCAAGGGCGGCCCCCUGGACUUCUCCUCCAUCCCCUCCCGGGCCUUCAAGACAGCCAUGUUCUUUGUGGCCUUAGCCAUGUUCCUCAUCAUAGGCUCCAUCAUCUGUUUCAGUCUGUUCUUCAUCUGCAACACGGCCACAGUGUACAAGAUCUGCGCCUGGAUGCAGCUGGCUGCAGCCACAGGCCUGAUGAUUGGCUGUCUGGUCUACCCAGAUGGUUGGGACUCAAGUGAGGUACGGCGCAUGUGUGGGGAGCAGACAGGCAAGUAUACGCUGGGCCACUGUACCAUCCGUUGGGCCUUCAUGCUGGCCAUCCUCAGCAUUGGCGAUGCCCUCAUCCUCUCCUUCUUGGCGUUCGUGUUGGGCUACCGGCAGGACAAGCUCCUCCCUGAUGACUACAAGGCAGACGGAAAAGGUACCUUUCUCCUCACCACGAGGUCCCUGCCUGGCGGUGGAAGGUUGCAAGGAGAGCUAGUUGUCUGGCUGCUGGGCAAGGGAUGGGGACACCAAGGCCAAGCAGUCGUAACUUUUGUCCUUCCCGAAGGUCACGCAUUUCCUGGACAGUGGAAAAUGAGAGGGUGUGAUUCUUCCGAGUUCAAGAGCUUCCUCCCGGGCUCGUCGGCGGCCCCCGUGGUUGGCUGCUGGUGGACUGAUGCUGUGGGAUGA